AUGACUAUCUGUCCACUGCACCGCGCUAGUUUGGGUAUUGGGUGGCGAAGGUCUAAGCGGGUAUGCAGUGUUCCAGGCAAACUCUCUGGACACAGUGAAGAAUCCAAGAAAAAUGCCGAGCGGGGUUGUAGCUUGGCUCAGUCGAAGUACAUAUUGGAAGCCACUGGUGAAUUCAUUCCAGUUGGUUCAGGUAAAUAUCAUCCUUCUUCUUUUGUACUACUUGCGGGAGUAAAACAUUUGGUUAUAACGUAUGACGUCCGUAUAACACAUCAAACAUAUCUCUGCCGUCGUUAAAAUGGUGAGUCAGUUCAGUUAGCUGGGUUGGCCCGUUUUAUUGGAAUGGUUCGGCUAAUACCUUGGUUCCCUUUAAAAUUUCCGUUUUGUUAAUAUAUGAAGCCGGACUGACCCACUUGCAGAAAUCUCUCCUCAGGCAACCAGUAUCUCGCCAGCCUGGUCUCUCAUAUAAACAUAGCAGAAAUUUUAUAAGGACACAGCGUAUAAGCCGAGCCAGCCGGAUAAAGCAGGCAAGCUGGGCUAAUCGGGCUGGCUCACUUCACAUAAACAGGCCUUUAACCCUAUGUUCACACUAUGCAAGAUAUCUUUGUUCCGCCAAGAAAACCAAACCCGGGAUAGGGCUUUUGUUCACACUCAAAAACUGUGAUUUCGGCGCCAUUUCUGGAAAGGAGCCAAGCUGCGCCUUACCGAUUUCGAAGGGUAGCCUCGCAUAUAGUCUACGUAGCUGGCGGUUUUUGUGAUGUGUGUUUUUUUUCUUCUUUUGUGGUUCGCAAAGUAAGAAUUACAGCCGAGCGAUACGCUGAACCAAGGUCGAAAAAGAAAACGAUGAGAGAGGGGCGUGUGUAAAAAUGAUAAAUGGCAUAGCAAGAAAUCAGAAAUGCAAGUGCGGGUGAGAAAAUAUAAAAAAAGUGGGUUAACAUUUUUGUAAUUUUUUAUAUUUUUUUAGCGAUUUGUACUAAGUGUCGAAAGAACCUGACGAAACAAGCACAUACCCCUGAAAGCAGCCUGCCACAAUCAGAUUUUGACGAACUUACAGAGCAUCUAGGUGAGCUUACUCUGGUAAGUAUGACAUUCUAUGAUUUACGUCUACAAACUACAAAGAUCUUUCCUUGUAAUAUUAGAAACCGUACGUAGCUAGUUUGAAUCCAAUUUUGAGUACGUUCAAACUGUUUUAUGUUUGUACUGACAACAACGAAACUGGAAGAAGAAGUAUUUUGGGGUCUUACUUCAGACUUUUGAAUUUUUUUUUUAAUUUUGUGAAAUUUUAGGCGGAAACUGCAGCAGCCCAAGUAAUUCAUGUUGAUGAAAGAAGAGAGAGUAUAUUCAUCCCAGAAUCGGAUUUGGAAGGUUCUGAUUUUGAGAACACACCGCAUAGAAGCCAAGUAGACACGGCAAAAGAGCCUUUAAAAAAGUUAAACGAUUUUUUAGCCUCUCGUGAUGUUAGCCCUGUUCGACAUAAGUUGUCCGUUCCAUGGGAAAGUGCUAACGAGCGCACAAAGAGAAGGUACAGCCGUAAAGCAAAACAAAGUGUUCAAGAGGUUAUUGAAGUAAUUUCUCCAGGACAAAGUGAUAAAUUAUUGACCACAUUAGGUGAAAGCUUACCAGCUGAAAGAACACAAGCCGAGGAAGAAAUUUUAGAAGCCUUAGCAGAAAGCUAUUUAAACGCAACUCACUGGAGCACGAGAUGA